AGCAGCAUCACAAAACUGCGUAUGCAAGCAGAACUGAUUCUAUCGGGUUGGGGGCAGCAGGAUAUGCCGCUAAGGAAAGUCAAAUAGCAGUGGAGGCUGAAAGGACUAUUACCCUGUGUGCACGGCGCAAAGCCCAAAACUACCUAUUCGUUUAGUCUCUAUAGGGGUAAACAUGGGGUCUUUUAAGUUUUUCCGCUCCAGGCAUUUGAUCCUGAAAGUGUUUUUGAUACAGUGCAUUGUCUUAAUGAGAACUUCAGCAGCUCCCUCGCCUAUUAUCAAGUUUCCAGGAGAUGAAUCAAGUCCCCGAACGGACAAAGAAGUUGCGCUGCACUAUUUGAAUAAGUUUUAUGGAUGCCCACAAGACAGAUGUAACCUCAUGGUCCUUAAAGACACGCUGAAGAAAAUGCAGAAGUUCUUCUCCCUGCAAGAAACAGGGGAGAUCGACCACAAGACUGUGGAGAUCAUGAAAAAGCCCCGCUGUGGCGUGCCAGAUGUGGCCAAUUACAAUUUCUUCCAUAGGAAGCCCGUGUGGGGCAAGAAGGACAUAACCUACAGAAUUCUUGGGCACAGUCCUGAUCUGGAUGAGGAGACGAUCGACGAUGCCUUCUUCCGUGCCUUCAAAGUAUGGAGUGACGUAACGCCACUCACUUUCGCCAGGAUCAUGGACGGAGAGGCUGACAUCAUGAUCAACUUUGGCCGCAAUGAGCACGGUGACGGCUACCCCUUCGAUGGAAAAGAUGGCCUUCUGGCCCAUGCCUUUGCUCCAGGCCCAGGCAUCGGGGGCGACUCCCACUUUGAUGAUGAUGAGCAGUGGACGCUGGGCGAAGGCCAAGUGGUGAAGGUGAAGUUUGGAAAUGCGGAGGGUGAAUUCUGCAAGUUCCCGUUCCUCUUCAUGGGGGUGGAGUACAACACCUGCACCUCACAGGGCCGUGACGAUGGCUUCCUCUGGUGCUCCACCACAUACGACUUUGACACCGACAAAAAAUAUGGCUUCUGUCCUCAUGAGUUGCUGUUUACACUGGGUGGAAAUGCUGACGGAGCCCCCUGCAAGUUCCCCUACACGUUCCAGGGGGAUUCAUAUGACGGUUGCACCACCCAAGGCCGUGAUGAUGGCUACCGUUGGUGUGCCACCACCGAGGACUAUGACCGUGACAAGUCGUAUGGGUUCUGUCCCGAAACCGCCAUGUCCACUGUGGGAGGAAACUCAGAGGGAGCUCCCUGUGUGUUCCCAUUCAUCUUCCUGGGCAACAGCUACGACUCCUGCACUACCUCUGGACGCAGUGACGGCAAGAUGUGGUGUGCCGUCACCAAGAGCUUCGAUGAUGACCGUAAAUGGGGUUUCUGCCCUGACCAAGGCUACAGUCUAUUCCUGGUGGCGGCCCAUGAGUUUGGCCAUGCUCUGGGCUUGGAGCACUCCCAGGACCCCGGCGCCCUGAUGGCUCCCGUGUACACCUACACCAAGCACUUCAGGCUCUCCGACGACGACAUCCGUGGCAUCCAGGAGCUUUAUGGCUCUUCUUCGGGCGGCAAACCCCUUCCACCCACUCAGGGCCCAGUGACUCCUAUGGACAUCUGUAAUGAGAACAUUAUCUUUGAUGCUGUGGCCCAGAUUCGGGGAGAGACAUUCUUCUUCAAGGACAGGUUCCUUUUCAGGUCUGCCAACUUCAUGUCCAAGCCCACAGGCCCGAUGCUGGUGGCCACAUUCUGGAGUGAGCUUCCAGAGAAGAUAGACGCCGCUUACGAGAACCCACUGGAGGAGAAGACCGUGUUCUUUGCAGGGAAUGAGAUCUACAUCUUCUCAGGCAGCACAUUAGAGAGAGGCUAUCCCAAGGCCCUCUCCUCCAUCGGCCUGCCAUCCGAUGUACAAAAAGUAGACGCAGCCUUCUCCUUUAGCAAGAGCAAGAAGACAUACCUGUUUGCUGGAAGCAGGUUCUGGAGGUUCAACGAGGCUAAGAAGAAGAUGGAUCCUGGCUUCCCCAAGCAGAUCGCAGAUGCUUGGAACGGCAUCCCAGACAACAUAGACGCAGCCUUCAGCCUGAACCAGAAUGGUCACAGCUACUUUUUCAAGGAUUCCUACUAUCUCAAGCUGGAUGACAGCAGUCUGAAGAUAACCAAAGUGGGUGAGGUGAAAGCAGACUGGCUGCGCUGCUGAGUGAUUGUUGGACACAAAGCCACUGGCAUUCUGUGAUGACCUUUGACCCUGGCCCGUAGUGCAGUCCACCGUCAUCACAAACCAUGUUACCAUGGCGAUCUCGCCCCCACCAACAACCCCCCCGCACUUGCAAGACUGUAACUACCAAUCAACUAAUAUAACCUGCCACCCAGCCUGCCGGAAGGCCAAGUCACAGUAGUGAUAAAUCUUUGAACCCUCUUUGCAAGCUGAACAUAGGCAAACUGGAUGAACCAUAAAAAGUCUUUUUUAUAUUACUGUGUGAUAUUUGCUGUUUUUUGUAAUGCUGAAGGUGAAUAAUUUUGAUCUGAAGUUCCCCAAUCCUGAAUGAUAAACUAUUUCCACAUCAAGUAUUCAGAGACAUCAGGUAUGUCCCCAUUACAUAAAAAUCGGAUGGUGCUUUACUAAGGUAUCUGAUUAUGAUAAUGAUGCGAUUGAAUUGUAACAGGUCAAAAGGUAUCAGUUUUUGAACACACAACCUUGUAAAAAUGGUUCUUUUAUUCUUCACAAAAUGGAUAACCAUAUUUGUGUAGUAACAUUUGACGCGUAAAUAUUUCACAAUGAUUACUUACAGGCAAGCACUUUUUUUUUUAUAUAAAUGUGUUUUGUACACAUGGAGACCAAAUUACUGUCAAGUCAGUCCGUAAUAUUCUUCUUCUAGAUUUAUAAUCAUGGUGCUGAUAGAUUCACGGCACGGGUUGCCUGAGGAUUGUAUAGGGUCUGGUGCAUGAUGGAGUCAUGACAAGGAAGUACCAUGAAAUGUUUUUAGUUGAAAUAAUCGUUUUGUAUAAUUACUUUUUUGUCUUUUUACUCUGGAGUUGACAGUACAGUUUGUUUUUAAUUUGUAAGUUGUAUUUGCUUUGUGCACUUUGUCUCUAUACGUUGUUGGAAAAAAAUAAAGAUGAAGAAUCUUAUCAGUCCACCUA